CCUCGCGAAGUGCCCGUCGAAGUUUCAAAGACUCCUCCGUUCACCCAAAAGGAGCCGUAGGAGAGCGAUCGCCGGUGAUGGAAGCUUCCCGAUCGCCACCUGCUGACACUACGAUUCGGAACCCGAACCCGAACCCCAACCCGACCUCCAUAGCUGCGGUGGGGCCGGUCUGGCCCACGGUUGACGGCCCGCUAGGGCUGUCGGAGGAGGACGCGGUGAGCUACGCCCGCAGGUUCUACAAGUUCGGAUUCGCCCUCUUGCCUUGGCUCUGGGCCGUCAAUUGCUUCUACUUCUGGCCCGUCCUCCGCCACAAACGUUCCUUCCCUCAGAUCCGCUGCUAUGUCCUGGGAUCAGCUAUCGGGUUCACUGCAUUUACGAUCCUUCUAUGUUCGUGGGUUCUGACUUUCGCAAUUGGGGGAGAGAGUUUAUUUGGCACUGCUUGGGAUAAACUCGUGAUGUAUAAUCUCGCCGAUAAAUGGGGCUUAACGGGUUGGGAUUAGGAGGGAUGAAUCAAUGCUUGAGAUUAUUUUUACUUAGCGUAGGACAUGUUGAUGGGCCAUAUGAUAGUUUGAGCAAAUACAUGAAUUCAUGUAUAUUCUGAAACAGCUACGCCUUAGACAAAGUUUUCUCAAAUUUACUUCGGCUUCAAUUGUCUCAGUGGAACUCCUGGUUGUAUGAGCUAGUCAGGCAACUCUUUGUUCGGUGUUAGAGACAUGACUGUAGUUUGCAUCUUCAGUGCUUAAUAUUGCAGCAAUGCCGAUGUACCCACAUUUCUUUUCUUUAGUAAAGACUUACCUGGAUUUUCGUAGUC